AUGUUCUGGAGAUUCGGCGGUUACGCCAAUAUAUCAAGUCUUGAUAGUAUCCUCGACAAGCAAGACGUCACAGUCGAGGAAUUGCUGGACGAGAGCGACCUGAUACAGGAGCUGAAGCAGCAGAACAGCAAGCUCAUAGAGUUCCUGCGAGAAGAGCCUGUGCUGAGGAAACUGCUCCAAUAUGUCGUAGCGGACAAGCUACCUGACGAAGCAGAAGAGAAGAUCAAAGCUGAAGAACACAAGGAAGAAGAGGUCAAGUCACCCGGCAUUUCGUUCUUCGGCAAAGGCAAAGGACGGGCACGUUCAAAGUCCGUCAGCAAAAAGGACGAAGAUGGCGAAACGGAGCAGGAGAAAGUAGAGGCGCAGCGGAAGAAGUACGCAUACGUCGCCUGCGAAGUGCUGUCUUCAGAGGUGUGGUCAAUAACGGAAGCCAUUCUGUCACAUCCUGACUACUUGCGAGAGUUCUGGCAAUACAUACGUCGGCCGACUCCGCUGGACCCGCUGCAGGCUGGCUACUUUACGAAAGUGAACGAGACGCUACUGGAUAAGAAGACUGAGGAGAUGCUCGCCUUUUUCAAGAGUCUGAAUGGCAUCGUACCUGCCAUGCUACAGCACGUGGACUGUCCGGUUGUAAUGGACCUUCUCCUCAAGAUCAUUUCGCUGGAGAAGCAUGAAGGCGGUGCAGGCAUUGUGGACUGGUUGCAAACCCAGGACAUGAUCCCAUUACUUCUUGACUAUCUCACAGCAGAGCACACCUCGGCAACGCAAACUUCCGCAGGCGACUUUCUCAAAGCCAUCAUCACCAUUUCCGCCAAUGCUACUACGCAAGAUCAGUCUGUGAUAGGACCCAAUGAGCUUACCCGGCAGCUAGUGUCAGAACCGUGCAUUCAGAUACUCAUCUCUGAGAUGCUUCGUGGUAGCAAUGCACUCACAGUCGGUGUAGGCAUUAUCAUCGAAGUCAUACGAAAGAAUAACUCAGACUACGACACUGAGAGCCAGAUAGGACCCGAGCCAAAGACUUCUGACCCAAUCUAUCUUGGUACGCUGUUGCGGCAGUUUGCAACUCACGUACCUGAUUUCAUGCACCUCAUCCGCUCGCCUUCCGCACGAAAACCGGACCUCCAGGCCGCUUUCGGCGGCAAGAUUGAGCCUCUCGGCUUUGAUCGCUUCAAGACUUGUGAGCUGAUGGCCGAGCUGUUGCAUUGCAGCAAUAUGGCUCUGCUCAACGAACGUGGUGCGGAGGAAGAAGUCCGAAAACGUGACAUUGAGCGUGAGAGGUUGAAAGCUGAUGGCAAGCUCGCAACGCCGAGAGCACCAACGUCGCCACUCAACGAUGACAGCCACGAGGAGUUUGGCAGCUCUGUAGACUCACACGGCUUCCACCACGCUCAACGUCCCACAGACGAGGAGAUGGAUGAGAAGCCAGAGGAGGCCCGCAAGCUUGAGGUGCAGAAUGCGUCAGACGAAGACGGCUUCGAGAAAGUCACCCGCCGCGACGCGGACACAGACGAUCUACCGGAUGAGGUCAGCUUUGACGAGUUUAAUGAGAAGAUUGAGGAAACCGGACUCCCUGCAAUGAAGGAGAUUGAGAAGCGCGGCUCAACAGAACCACAAAAUCAUCUGCCGAAUGACCCAGAUAUGCCAAAGCCUCUUUCACCGAACAAGCCGAAAGCGCCACCAAAUGAGCCGAUGUUGCACUUCGAUCCUCCGCCCACACAGGCUGCAGACUCGCCGACGACUGCUGGUGUGACGGAUAGAGUUCACAAUAUCAACAUCGAUGAGGACACCGUAAUGACCGAGUUCGGCGAGGAGCCGACUGACCUAGAUGACGAGGGCCCCACGGAGCUGGAACGAGAGCUGGCAAAGGAAGUCGAAAAGCCUGCUCCCCUAUUCGCUCGGAAAGAGCCGCCUCCGCCAGAUGCGAUCGACCCUAUACACGGCGCAUCUGGACAAUCUGACAGUGAGGAUCAGACUGAUGUCGAUCAAAGCAUAGCGACCAUACAGGGUGGUGAGCCAUUCAUGACCAAUGGAGAACGACAGCUGUACGAGACAGAAGCGGACGGCAAUCCAGUUGUCGGAGACUUACUAAAGAUGCAGUUCGUUGAGCACCAAGUUGUGCCUACUAUACUUGACUUUUUCUUUCGCUUUCCAUGGAAUAACUUCCUCCAUAAUGUGGUUUACGAUGUCAUACAACAGGUCUUCAACGGUACGUUGGAGCGUGGCUAUAAUCGCGCUAUGGCGUUCGACCUUUUCACGCCUAUUCAAGACAAGGACUCUAGACCUAAAGACACCCUUGGCUUAAUGUCGACGAGGGACAUUACGGACAGAAUACUGGACGGUCAGGCGGUGUCAGAUCGAUCGCAGACCGAAAAGGGCAUGCGCCUAGGCUACAUGGGCCAUCUGACGCUGAUUGCCGAAGAAGUCUGCAAAUUUGGACAUCGACAACCAUCGGAGUUACUGGACCGAGUCGUCUUCGACCGUGUCAACAGACCAGAGUGGGCACAUUAUGUCGAUGGCACUUUGACCGAGACUCGUGACAAGGACAACGCCGUGCUCGGCGGCAUCCGGCCGGAGAAUGCCAUCGGCAUGCGCCAGGCUGGUAUGGGCGGCAGUGGCUUCGGUUCAAACACGGGCACUGGUCUCGCCUCCGCUGGCAUAGGCUCCGGAAAUGUGCCACAGGACACUCUGGCUAUGAGCGAAGGCACCGUAGGACAGAGCUUCGAGAUCAACUCCGGCACAAUGUUAUCGGGAUUCGGCGAAGCCGACGAUGACGAAGACAUGGAGGAUGAGGAGAAGGUGGUAGCUGACGCGAGAGAACCCGGCUCUCCCGUCGCGAUUGCAGGCGCGCCGUCAGUACCCGCGCCGCUCAACGUCCCGCCGUCGAGAGCACGAAGGCAACUCGCUGCCCGGCUAGCGCAGAAGCGUAGGGAUGCUGAGCAUGCGGAUCAACGUGACCCAGAUGCCACGGAU